CCUCCCGCUUUCAUUUCCCGCUUAGCACUUUCCUUUGCCUCGUCCUUCUUCGCACUGCAACUAUGGACUCUUCAGAUGCCAAACGCCGCCAAUCUCUGAUCCCGAACUUCCUCUUCUCCUCUGCUUUGUCUGAGAAAUAUCUGCCUCUGUGGAAAAUGCUCGACUCCUCCUUCAUCCGUGACUCUUCUCCUUCGAAUCUUGAAACAGGAUCGUCGAGCAAGAGCUUCAUGUUUCCGUCUCCGAGUGAACCUGGCAAGAUUGAGCUUUACUCACCAACAUACUUUGUCACUUGUACCGUUGGUGGAAUCCUCAGUUGUGGACUCACUCACAUGGCAGUCACUCCUCUUGACUUAGUCAAAUGUAAUAUGCAGAUUGACCCUACAAAGUACAAGAGUAUCUCAUCUGGAUUUGGAGUUUUGCUCACGGAGCAAGGGUUAAGGGGCUUUUUCCGGGGCUGGGUGCCGACCUUGCUUGGUUACAGUUCUCAGGGCGCCUUCAAAUUCGGAUUCUAUGAGUUCUUCAAAAAAUGCUAUUCUGAUAUUGCUGGCCCAGUGUAUGCCGCCAAAUACAAGACCUUGAUCUACCUUGCUGGUUCAGCAUCUGCUGAGGUUAUCGCAGAUGUUGCACUUUGCCCAUUUGAGGCAGUAAAGGUUCGGGUUCAAACUCAGCCUGGUUUUGCUAGAGGACUUGCGGAGGGGCUUCCAAAACUUGUGAAAUCUGAAGGAACUUUAGGGCUGUACAAAGGCAUAGUUCCUCUUUGGGGACGUCAGAUCCCAUAUACUAUGAUGAAGUUUGCUUCGUUCGAGACCGUUGUUGAGAUGAUCUACAAAUUCGUCAUUCCCAAAUCAAAGAAUGAGUGCAGCAAAAGUCUGCAACUUGGUGUGAGUUUUGCUGGAGGAUAUCUAGCGGGCAUGUUGUGUGCAAUAGUGUCCCAUCCUGCUGACAACCUUGUCUCCUUCUUGAACAAUGCGAAAGGGGCAACUGUUGGUGAUGCUGUGAGGAAGCUUGGUUGGUGGGGUCUCUUUACCCGUGGUCUCCCUCUCCGUAUUGUUAUGAUCGGAACUCUCACUGGUGCUCAAUGGGGAAUAUAUGAUGCAUUUAAAGUCUCCGUGGGGCUGCCCACCACCGGUGGUGAUGCUCCGUCUUCUGCCCCUUCUUCUCCAACAGCCGAGCUUACGAAAUACGAAGGGGCAGCGUCCAAAAAAUGAGUCAAGUUUUGUCCGAUGAAAAUUAUAAAUCCAGAUCAAAGGGAUUGGAGACCAUGAAUAAACAGAAAUAGUAAAGCUGCGCGAGUCCACUCAAGCACCGUGGAUGAAUUUCUUUUCGGUAUUUGGACUCUGAUUCCAUUUUUCUUAGUUACAAAUUUUUUGAAGGAUGGUUUUGCUCUCAUCCUUUCAAUUGAUGUAACUUUUUGCAUAUCAGGUCAUAUGGUAAUACAUAUUUUCAUGUCUACACAAAAGCAUGGCCCAUAUUCAAUUUUAUGUUCUUUCAUGUUGUAGAGAGGCCAUAUGUUUGGUUGGUACCUAGGAGGUUUAAGGACCCAUUUUUCAGUUAACCCUCCUGGUCGUAUUCUUUAACUUGAAAUUGUUAAUUGCUAAUGUCUUGGUCCGCAGAGAAAA